AAUGCAGAAAUUACACAGGGCGAUUUAUUAGGAAGCAGGCAACAAAAGGGAAUAGACGCAAAGCUGUACUAAGGGCACCUCAGCCGGCAACGCGGUUGCAAGAGUGGUUAUGAAGAGUACGGCCUGCCGACGAACCCACAGGGAAGACACUGCUCCGGGCCACAUGAGAGUGUGGCAGGGUCCCUGCUCCUCUGCACGGAAGUCGCAGGUGAGAGGGGCCCUGCUGCCCUCCCGCCCAGCUGGACUGGCUCCGGUGACGGCGGCCGCGUCAGCGCAACCUCCCGGGUCGCAUGCACCUGCACCGGUAGCUCUAGAAGCCCCGCCUCGCAGCUCCGCCCGGCACAGGCUACUAGGGUGCGGCCCAUUCAUUCCAGGCCCCCAGCCCCGCCUACUCCGCUGCAGCCAAUCCGACUCUCCCGCUGAGUAAGAGCCCAGCCAAUGGCAGCCCUCCCCAACCACAGCCAAUCAGAAGAGGGGGCCCGCACAGCCUGACCAAUGAGGCGGCGAUUAGGGAGACAUGGGCGGACCCCGCUCCCCGGCGGGGAAGGAGCGGCGCUCGGAGGUCUCUAGGACCCGGGGGCACGCGGCCGGCCUCCCACCCGCCAGCCCAAAAUAAGCCCCCGGGCGGGGCGCCCGAGCGCCAGUCAUGGACUCGGAACUAGCCGGCCGCCGUGAGGCCGCCCCGCCCGCGCCGCCGCCGUUCGUGCGCGUGGCGCCGUCGCUCUUCCUCGGGAGCGCGCGCGCCGCGGCCGGGCCGGAGCUGCUGGCGCGCGCGGGCGUCACCCUGUGCGUCAAUGUCUCGCGCCAGCAGCCUGGGCCGAGCGCGCCCGGCGUGGGCGAGCUGCGCGUGCCCGUGUUCGACGACCCGGCCGAGGACCUGCUGGUGCACCUGGAGCCCACCUGCGCCGCCAUGGAGGCCGCGGUGCGCGCCGGCGGCGCCUGCCUCGUCUACUGCAAGAACGGCCGCAGCCGCUCGGCCGCCGUCUGCACUGCCUACCUCAUGCGGCACCGCGGCCUCGGCCUGGAGGCGGCCUUCCAGGCCGUGAAGAGCGCGCGCCCCGUGGCCGAACCCAACCCGGGCUUCUGGGCUCAGCUGCGGAAGUACGAGGAGGCCCUGCAGUCCCGGUCCCUCCUGCCGCGGAGCGCCCGGGACAGCGAGCCCUAGUCGGUCAGCCUGCGCCUGGAGCAGGCGCUGGGCUUUCCCGCGGCCCCUGGGCUGGGGGAGGGAGGCCACGCACUGACCGAGACUGGUCCCUCCUCUCCUUCCUCACUGUCACACGCUGUGUUCGCUUUCUGUGUCUUCCUGAAAUGCAGCUUCAGAGUCUCUGUCCCCUCUUGACCGUAGUGCGGGGUGUGUCCACCGAGGAGGGCACGGGGAGCCGUCCCUCCCUUGGACAGCAGGCUUAUUAGACAGGGCUCGGUCAGGAAAAUCAAAACCACUGGAGGGAUUUUAGGCAGAAAGACAUUUAAUACAGAAAUCAAGGCCGGAGAGCCACGGUCAGGAGAUCAGGAAGUGGGGGAGUCCCGAAGACCCUCCACCCUCACCCUGGCUUCCUGCCACUCUGAUGUGGGCGACUCUGGGAGGGCACCUCGGACUGCUGGCGAAGCCUCGUGCCUGCCAUCUGCUCGAGCCACAGGCUUUUCCCAAACCUCACACUGGUCCCGUCUCAGAACCCACCACAGAUCUGGUCAGGAGGGCCCACAGUUUCCAGACUUCUCACUGCUACGUGUAGGUGAGGGUGUGAGGCCGUGUGACAGACCACCCUUGGUGCUCUCUGCGUCCGUACCCACCUCUGACCUUACCUCCCAGCUUCAGCAACAGCAUUGAGCCCUGACCUGGCAUCCUGCUGCUAACACAGUGGCCCUCCCAAGAGUGGAGGGCACAGAACCCCAUCAGCUGCCCCACAGCUUAGAUGCCUGUCGAUUCCUCUUCUGGUUCAGAUGCACCUCACCUGGACAUUCUGUCCAUAUCUGGACAUAUCUGAUCUACUAGAUAGAUAAUUAAUCACCAUCAACACUCUUUAAAUAAGAUAGUGGGGAAGGAGAAAAGGAAAAACUGGGUAAUGUACAUGAAUUACAGAUAACACAGUUCUUGGUUAAUAUAUACAAAUGUAUCCAUGAGAAAGUAAUUAAUAAAAUAAAGUGUUUGGUGUUAUCAUUUCCCUUUUCACUAUCCAUUCUCUGUUCCCUCUACUCUCAACUUGCACCUCACUAGUCCUGGUCUUUCCUGGUGGGGUGACUUGAGCCUUCAUCCUGAAGGGCCCAGAGUGGCCCUGCCUGCACUGGUGCUCCCACACACCCGGGAGUAUUGGGAGGCAUCAGGGGGAUGUCCUGAGUUCCAGCGUACUCUUCCUGACCCCGCUGCCCCUGAAGGUCAGGAUCAGCCACUCCACCCAGCAGAGCAACCCGUUUUGCCUGAUGCCUCGCUGGCCUAAGGAACCCAAAAUGGCUACGUGGUGUCUCAGCCUCCCAUCCAGGGGCACAUGGUGUGUCCCCAGGUGGAAGCAUCUUACCUGGGAAUGAAGACCUGACCCAGCAGAGCCCGAAGUCGUGGGGAUGGGAAGCUCACACUUUUCGAGUGAGGCCUGGGGUGGUUGUGAAAGGGGCCUCCCUCCCCCCACCACACUCCUCUUGCUCCUGCACCUAGGUAUCUGGCUGUGACAGGAGCAACACCAUCGGUUGGUCCCUGGCUCAGAGCAUACACCACACCUUUUAGGUGUGUACCCAGCCCUGUCCGA